CAAUAAACCGGGGGACACAGCUCCCGCACCAAACUCCCGCGCCACGCACACAUCCUCCUCCGGCGAUCCACCCACCACCACCGCCUCGACCAUGGCGCCCACCGUCACCAAGUCGCCUCCGGCCCUGAUCCCGCCGGCGGGCCCCACCCCGGGUGGCUCCCUCCCGCUGUCCUCCAUCGACAAGACGGCCGCCGUCCGCGUCUCCGUCGACUUCAUCCAGGUCUUCCCCUCCUCCGCCGACGCACCACGGGACCAGGGCGCCUCGGUCGCCACCAUGCGCGAGGGCUUCGCCAAGGCGCUCGUGCACUACUACCCCGUCGCCGGGCGCAUCGCGGAGCCGGUUCAGGGGGAGCCCGAGGUGGAGUGCACCGGGGAAGGGGUGUGGUUCGUCGAGGCCGAGGCCAGCUGCACGCUGGAGGACGCGCGCAACCUCGAGCGCCCGCUCUGCAUCCCCAAGGAGGAGCUGCUCCCGCGCCCGCCGCCCGAGGUCCGCCUCGAGGACACCGUGCUCCUCGCCCAGAUUACUAAGUUCACCUGCGGUGGAUUCUCUGUGGGUAUUUGCUUCAGCCACCUGGUGUUUGAUGGGCAGGGCGCAGCCCAGUUUCUGAAAGCAGUCGGCGAGAUGGCACGAGGGCUCCCUGAGCCAUCACUUAAGCCCAUCUGGUCCCGUGACGCCAUUCCCAACCCUCCUAAGCCACCUCUUGGACCACCACCGUCGUUCACCGCUUUCAACUUUGAGAAGUCAGUGGUUGAGAUCUCUCUUGACAGCAUCAAGCGUGUCAAAGACCAGGUUGCGAGUGAGACCAGCCAGAAAUGUUCCACUUUCGAUGUGGUUACUGCCAUUAUCUUCAAAUGCCGUGCCUUGGCCAUUGGAUUUGCACCUGAAGCUGACGUCCGCCUGGGUUUCGCAGCCGGCACACGCCACCUGCUGAACAAUGUGCUGCCUUCAGUGGAAGGUUACUAUGGUAACUGCGUGUACCCGGGUGGUCUUGCCAAGACCAGUCAGGAUGUCAAGGAAGCGUCGCUAGUUGAGAUCGUCACAGCGAUCAGGGAAGCCAAGGAUGCUUUGUCAACAAGGUUCCUCGACUGGAUGAGUGGCGGUGCCAAGGAGAACCACUACAAUGUGUCGCUGGACUAUGGCACUCUGAUAGUCACAGACUGGAGCCACGUGGGUUUCAACGAGGUGGACUACGGCUUCGGUGAGCCGAGUUACGUGUUCACCAUGAACGAUGAUGUGAACAUCGUGCCGUCCGUCGUCUACCUGAAGCCGCCCAAGCCGAAGCAGGGCAUCAGGCUGGUGCUGCAGUGCGUGGAAGAGCAGCAUUCCGCUGUGUUCCGCGAGGAAUUGCAGAAGCUUGCGUAGAGUGCGUGAAUUUACGUCCAUAAUACUUCACACCUGGGAUUGGGAGUUGUUGUAUUUUUCUGUAUUGAGUUUAUUUGUUUCAGAGUUUGCUUCCAAUAAAUCAGGGGUUGGCCGUGUCUGUGUACUGUGUACCAUCACAGGUGAUGAUUAUCACCAUGUUACAUUAUACAUGUAUUGACAUUGUUGACAUAAUAGUAUUUUCAGUUCAGUUGAGUACUA